GGUGAGGCAGAGUUGUAAGCGCCAGCCAAUCAGUUUCAGCGCUGCCCAAAAUCUGCAGUGCCACCGCCAUGUCGGCGCAACCGACCUGCAACAGCGAAAAUCACUCGGCUGAGCGCGGCAAGAGCGAAGAGUACUUUACACCGGACCACAUCGACGUGGCAGUUACGCGUCCUCUCCGGGCUCUGCAACCGCUCUUGCAGCCCAUCUGCGGGUGUCUUGCACAGCCGCCGCCAUGCACACCGCUCUCCUCAUAGACGAAAUUCUAGAAACCAUCCUCGAGGUCUGCUCCGCCUGGACGGAGCAGGAAUACCGCUCGUCGCUGUGCCAGAUCGCGCGAUGCUGCAGGGCUUGGUCUGAUCCAGCGCUGGACAGACUUUGGGUUCGCCUGGACGGCGUAACGCCUCUUCUACGGCUGCUACAUCAAGCGGACAUCCCAGGGCAAGGUGAUAUAGAAGAGAGGGCACUGGCGCGAUUCCGCGCAUACUCGCGUCGUGUCCGAAGCAUCAAGCAGACGGAGACCGUGCGGAUACCCUCGUCAAUGCGUGGCCUCGUUUCCCUGCCCAGGCUCACUUCAAUUCGCUUCCGCAACGGUGGAUGCCAGUCGGCCGACUUUUGGGGUAUCUCCUCCAACGUGCGCGAGGUUGACAUCCAUCUCGGAUACAACCGACGGAAGGGAUGCACGAGUGAUGCGCUCACGAGAUACCUCGAGGAGCUGCACGACGCGUCGGCGGGCGUGGAGAUCCUGCGGGUCCGUGGCACGACAUCGGCACAGCUCCUCGGUAGUGUCGCGGCAUACACCAGUCUCAGAACACUAGUCCUGCAUGUCGGCACCUCACUCUCCAUGGAGAUAUUCUGCAAAAUUAUCACUUUCGCAGCCCUCCGCACGCUGACAGUUGACGCCCGACACCUAGACGCGGAGGAACUGUUGGAGGGUGUUACCUCGCUCGCAAUGGAGACGGAGAUCUGUCCUUCGUUACGAGAUCUCACAAUCCAGGCGAAGCCUGCCCUGGCCUCGGCCUUGCUGCAGCUUAUCCCAUCCCGCACCCUGGAAACCUUCCGCUUUGACGUGCAGUGGACGGCUGACGCGCCCCAAAGCCCGCUGCGCGAAGUGUUCGCACACCUCCCGGACAGCCUCCGUGUAUUCUCGCUAGAAUGUUUCGACGACGUCGACAUAGUGGACCGCGCUACGCUGCGUCCACUGGCGCGUCUCGCUGGCCUGCAGCGCUUCGACGUCCAGGUUGCCGUGACGCCUUGCCUCGACGACCAAGACGCCAAGGAUCUCGCAUCAUGGUGGCCGAGUUUGGAGCACUUCGCUGUCGGCGCAGUCGAGGACGUGUGCGGGCUUCCACGAGAUUACGGGAUGACGCCCGUAUCUUACGCAUUCUUCGCAAGAUCUUGCCCCGCGUUACAGAGCCUGGCGCUGCCGGUUCAUAUUCCCCAGAGCGCCGAUGAAUUGCCGGAUGCCGCGUCCCUCGCCCGUACUACACCGAGUAACGCUAGCGGGCGCCCGUGCACUGCGUCUCGCCGCGCUCCCCUGCGACGACUGGACAUCGGUAGCAGGGAGGCCAUCCCACCUUCCAUUUCCGAGUUUUGCGACUAUGUCCGUGCCUUGUUCCCUUCGCUCAAAUCGUUGGAAGCAGCAGGCCACCCGGAUGUCGAUUUGGUGCAGCAGGCGACAUGCCCACAGCUGAAUCCUGCCCUUACCACUUACUAUAACGAUAUUCUCUCCGACUUCGGUGUCAUAAUCUCUUGACGGCUCCCAUCAUAGAUAGAGUAGACUGCACCCGCAUACCCGUGGUCAUCAACUGUCCCACUUACUUCAGA